AGAUUUUGGACGUUAUCGAGGCUUUUACUACAAUCUGGGCGAAUUUCAAGAUUUCAAAAUCUGAAAGGAUAGCCUAGUCAUUGGAUACAAUAUGUAUUCGAGCCUGGCUUUAUCCUCCAACCCGUCCCCAUACGCACACGAUUCCGGGAACUACAUCCACCCGUCCGCGAGCUCACCUGUGUACGUGCCCACCACCCGUGUACCUGCCAUGCUCCAGACCUUGCCCUACCUACAGACCUGCGAGUCCACACACCAGGCCCACGGGCUCGGCAGUCACCACGCCUGGCCACAGACUGGCACGGAGAAUUCCUCUUUUAACCCUGGUAGCCCUCAUCCUCCGCCCGGUUUCUCUUAUUCGCACAGCCCUCCGGUGAGCAGCAGCACCGGCAGGGACGCCGCGUACCAGAAUUCGCUUAUGUUGAGUAAUAGCGGCCGGGCAGAUCAGUAUGGAAGUGCUCUAGUGCGCUCCGUCGGGGGUUCCUACUCCAGCCCAUACGCGGCCUACAUGAGCCCGGAGAUGGCCACCUCAUGGACGCCAGGGCCCUUCGAUGGCGGCAUGAUCGGUCUUCAGGGACGCCAGGGAAGUCUACCGGGAAGGAGGUCCAGUUUAGACAUGCUGGACGACCUGCCGUGUGAAGGGCGCGAAUGUGUGAACUGUGGCUCCAUCUCGACGCCGCUGUGGAGGAGAGACGGGACCGGACAUUACCUGUGCAACGCCUGCGGACUCUACCACAAGAUGAACGGCAUCAACCGACCUCUAAUCAAACCACAGAAACGCCUGCAAAGCACGUCGCGACGAGCAGGUCUUUGCUGCACUAACUGCCACACCAGUACAACCACACUGUGGAGGAGAAAUGCAGAGGGAGAGCCUGUCUGCAACGCCUGCGGACUGUACAUGAAGCUUCACGGGGUACCAAGGCCAUUAGCAAUGAAGAAAGAAAGCAUUCAGACAAGGAAACGCAAACCAAAGAUGCCCAAAACCAAAGCAUCCUCAGGGUCAACAGUGUCUGGCGCUACGUCUCCCACUUCAUUGCCUGUGUCAGAGAACGCCUCUACAAUAAAGAGCGAACCCAAUAUCGCAGCUUCUCCGUAUGCGGGCCAAACUGUUGUCUCAAUCACACAGUCAUCAACACAGUUGGACAGUGCCAGUUCAGCACAUGUGGACAUCAAAUAUGAGGACUACACAUACACCCCGACGUCAAUCGCCCCACAGAAUUCCUGGUGCGCGCUGUCCCAAGCGUGAUCUGAGAGCUACUACCUUCUCUAAACCUUCCCAGUGCAUUCUGGGAGAAAAGACUUUUAACAAGAUCUACCUAAUAGAACAUUUACCUAAAUGUAGACAGACGGAGCUUAGGAAUGCAAGAGAUCGACUGUAAUCUGAGCUACCAUUUAUCGUGGCAUAUCUGUCUGAGACACGGCCGAUUCAUGCAGUUCCGCACCAAAACACUGCGGACGACAAGCAGCGACUCAGCCGCAGUUCUCAAGUUCCUUAAGCGAUGAUCGGGAGGACACAAAAACAUGCUUUUUAUGGCUUCUGAACAUGUUUCAUGGCUUAGAUGUUAAUGAUUAACUUUUAAGAUACAUUAUUUAUGUUGAGAUAAGGAUGGUGGAGGCACACAAGUCUUUCUCAUAAUUCCCCUCAUAAUCCUUCAGGGAAUGCGUCUUUAUGGUCGCUAUGACUUUAGAUCGCAUACUUUGCCUGGAUGAGGCUUUUAAAAGUUUCCUUGUUGUUUUUGCUGAUUCCAGACUCUGUUUAAUGCUGUAUCGUAUUCCUCCGAUGAUCCGAAGUGCAAUGACCCUCACUUUCCAGCAAGAUUUUUGAAAAGGCACACAUUUAUUUUAAUUGUUCGAAAUUUUGCGUUUUGUUUUGUCAGAAUAUGUUAACCUAAAUUUAUUUUGCUGUAUUUUGUUGAUAUAUAUUGGAAUUAUAUCAUUGUUUUAUUGCAUAUAAAAUUGCCAAACAUUU